UGCUGCACUAGCUAGCUUCUAAUUUACCAACUGCAGCCGUUCAGAAACGCACACUUGUGUCUAUCAGAGCAAUAACAACGGCGAGCAAACACGCCACAGAACAAACCCUUCCCCGAAUAAUUGCCACAAUAACACAUAUCGCAGUUACAUCUCCACCCGAUCCUAAUGAAGAAGCUUCGGUUUGACUGACUGGGAGAUGGGAGUACAAAACAUAACAGACCAGACUCCACUGGUCCAGGCUAUAUUUAGCCGAAAUGCAGAAGAAGUGAAGUUUUUGUUGCACAAGAAUGAAGAAGUCAAUGCACUGGACCAAGAACGCCGUACCCCCUUACAUGCUGCUGCGUGUUUGGGCGAUGUUCACAUUAUGGACCUUCUCAUUAAUUCAGGUGCUAGUAUUAACGCUAAGGACCAAGGCUGGCGGACUCCCCUGCAUCGGGCAGCUGCCUCACAGAACGAAAAGGCCGUGGGGCUGCUGCUGAGACAGGAUGCGGAGGUCAAUGCCCGGGAUAAAUUCUGGCAGACGCCGUUGCACGUGGCUGCGGCCAACCGGGCCACACGAUGCGCUGAGGCUCUCAUCCCCAAGCUGAGCAGCCUGAAUGUGGCGGACCGCUCCGGCAGAACGGCUCUGCACCAUGCUGCACACAGCGGCCACGUGGAGAUGGUGAAUUUGCUCCUCAACAAAGGGGCCAACCUGAGUGCCAGCGAUAAGAAGGAGAGGCAGCCAAUCCACUGGGCCGCAUACCUUGGGCAUCUGCAGAUCGUGAAGCUUCUUGUGUCGCGGAGCGCGGACGCCAUGUGCAGGGACAAGCGCGGUUAUACCCCGCUCCACGCCGCAGCUGCCAGCGGCCAGAUUGAGGUGGUCAAGUACCUGCUGCGGCUGGGGUCAGAGAUUGAUGAGCCUAACGCCUUUGGGAACACAGCGCUCCACAUGGCGUGCUACACGGGCCAGGAGGCGGUGGCCAACGAGCUGGUGAACCGCGGCGCCAACGUCAACCAGCCCAACCACCACGGCGGCACGCCGCUGCACCUGGCCGCUGUCUCAACCAAUGGGGCGCUCUGCCUCGAGCUGCUAGUCAACAAUGGUGCUGACGUCAACAUGCAGAGUAAAGAAGGGAAGAGCCCUUUGCACAUGGCCGCUAUUCACGGGCGCUUCACCCGCUCCCAGAUCCUUAUCCAAAACGGUGGGGAUAUAGACUGUGUAGAUAAAUAUGGCAAUACUCCCCUUCACGUUGCUGCAAAGCACGGCCACGAGCUGCUGAUCAGCACCCUGAUGACGAACGGUGCUGACACAGCCAGGCAAGGGAUUCAUGGGAUGUUUUCGUUGCAUUUGGCUGUGCUCUACGGGUUUUCAGACUGUUGUCGCAAGUUACUCUCCUCAGGUCAGCUGUACAGCAUUGUAUCAUCUCUAAGCAACGAGUAUGUGCUAUCAGCCGGGUUUGACAUAAACACCCCAGACAGCCUGGGGAGGACCUGCCUGCAUGCCGCUGCGUCUGGAGGAAACGUUGAAUGUCUUAACUUGCUGUUGAGCAGUGGUGCCGACUUGAGUAAAAAGGACAAACUGGGAAAAGCUCCUUUGCACUACGCUGCUGCGAAUGGGAGCUACCAGUGCACGGUUGCCCUGGUGAGUGCUGGUGCCGAGGUGAAUGAGCUGGACCAGAAAGGCUGCAGCCCCCUGCACUACGCUGCCGCAUCGCAGACCUUCUGCCGAGUGGACAGACAUUACUCAGUUGGACACCAGAGUGAGGAGAGGGCAAAGGAGGACUUUUUUUGUUUGGAGUAUCUGCUGGAUAACGGGGCUGACCCGGCUCUGAGGAACACCAAGGGUUACAGCGCAGUCCACUACGCAGCAGCCCACGGAAACAAGCAGAACCUGGAGCUGCUCUUGGAGAUGUCGUUCAACUGUCUGGGAGACGUGGAGAGCAGUGUUCCAGUUAGCCCUUUGCAUUUAGCCGCGUAUAACGGUCACUGUGAGGCGUUGGGGGUGCUGUCUGAGACGCUGGUGAGUCUGGACGUUCGGGAUGCGGGGGGGCGCACUGCCCUCUACUUGGCGGCCCAGAAGGGACACGCUCAGUGCUUGGAGGUCCUGCUGUCCCACGGGGUCUCCUGCCACCUCAGGGAGAGCCGCAACAAGUGGACCCCACUCCAUGUCGCAGCUUCCAACGGCCAAACAGACUGUCUGCUCAUGCUGGUCAACCGAGGGGAGAAGGCUGACAUCAUCGACAUUGCCGACGUACAGGGACAGACGGCUCUGAUGCUGGCAGCUCUGGGCAGUCACACUGACUGUGUCCACAUCCUGCUGGAGAAGGGAGCCGGGGCCGACGCCGCCGACAAGCGAGGCCGCACUGCCCUACACAGAGCUGCGGUGAUGGGCUGUGAGGACUGUGUGUCGGCCCUGCUGGAGCACGGUGCUUCGGCUCUGUGCAGGGAUUUCCGGGGGCGCACCCCCCUGCACCUGGCCGCUUCCUGCGGCCACAUGGAGCUCCUGCGCAGCCUGCUGCAGGGCGCCACACGCACCGACCCCCUCGACUCAAUGCUGGACUACAGCGGAUACACUCCCACCCACUGGGCCGCUUACCACGGGCACGAAGACUGUUUGGACGUUUUACUUGAACACAAACCUUUUAGUAUCCAGGAAGGAAACCCCUUCACCCCAUUGCACUGUGCUCUAAUAAAUGGCCAUGAUGGUGCUGCUGAACUACUGGUGGAGACGGUCGGACCUCAGAUGGUGAACAUCAGAGACGCCAAAGGAAGGACCCCGUUGCAUGCAGCUGCCUAUUCGGAGAGUGUGGUCGGGCUGCAGCUGGCCCUGGUCCAGGGGGCAGAGGUCAAUGCCGUGGACACCACAGGACGCUCCGCCCUGAUGGUUGCCUCCGACAACGGACGGACCGCAGCCGUCGAGAUCCUGCUGCACCAGGCCAAGGCAGACCUGACCCUGCUGGAUGUCAACGACAACACCGCUCUUCACCUGGCCUGCAGCAAGGCUCAUGAGAUGUGUGCCCUGUUAAUCCUGGGAGAGAUCAGCGACCCCUCCCUCAUCAAUGCAACAAACAGUGCACUGCAAAUGCCCCUUCAUAUCGCAGCGAGGAACGGUCUGGCUACAGUGGUCCAGGUGCUCCUCAGCCAGGGGGCAGCUGUGAUGGCUAUAGAUGAGGAGGGUGAGUCACCACAGUGUCGGCCACACCCCGGCCCUGGCCUGUGCCCCUAACAAAGACGUGGCGGACUGCCUGGCCCUGAUCCUCUCCACCAUGAAGCCUUUCCCUCCCAAAGACGCCAGCGCCGCCGCCUCCUUUGGCCUCAACCUGCUGAAGCACUGUGGCAUCGCCACCACCUGCGGGCCCCUGCCCAACGGCACCCUGCGCCACGCCUACGCCAAGGACCGCCACAGCACCGCCGGCCUGGACGGCUGCUUCACCGAGUGAAGCGAACCCCCAACCUGUUCCCCUCAGACCUCCCUACCCUGUCCCCUUAUAUCUUUAACUAGCCAGAUCUGCCCUCUUUAAUCCACUAUGAUCCGGGGGACCCCCCUCCCUUCUAACACACAACAAGAGCAGGAAUAUACUUUGAUUCACGUGUGUGUAAGUGCGCGUGUGCGUUUUGGGUAUGUGUUUUGGGUGUGUGUGUGUGUGUUUGGAUGUGUGUGUCUGUAUAUGUGCACGUGCGUUUGUCUGAGUGUGUUUUAAAGAAAAACUAAAUCCCUUAUGGGUGCAGUCAAACCUAUAUGCAAUUAUUUGCCUCUCCUCUGUGGCAUAUCGUCUGUCUGCCGUUGCUGGCCUGGCCUUAGGUCAGACGCCCUCUGUCCAGUGUCCAGGACAGAGCACGUCACUGAGUCCCUCUGAAUCGUACCGGCAGAGUUUCUGUAUCAUCAUGAAGUUAUCACGGUUUUGUUGAAUCAACAGAUUCACAAGCAUGUGUUAUAAGCUACAGUCUAAAUUAAUUCUAAAUUCAAUUUAAAUUAUUGUGAAUUUUUGAUAUUGCACUUCAUCAACGAAUAAACUUACCUCGCAAAUCCCAGUGAAAGCGAUGACCUAGUGGAAGGAGAACGGUGCCUCGCCAACUUCUACUCUGACUGAAACUGGUGCAAUAUGCAGCAUGUGUGGGUAUUUCCAGUGCUGUGCCUCUCUCCGAAGACUAGAAUAAAACGGAAGUAGUAGAGCGAGGGAAGGAACGAGAGAAAGUGGGAGAGAGUAAUAGACCGUCGCUGGGUUUGACUGUACAGUUAAGGGUCUGGGUGAGUUGAGAGCUCUGCAGAGAAGCCCUUGGAUUUGAAAACAAGCGGUGACAAGCUGGUGUUGAUUCAGCUAGAAGUCCGAUAACAAGCACCUCCCACUGGCUAAGGCCGUCUGAGUGACAUCCACCAGGUCCAGUAGAUGCCUGACUUUUGUUGGCUGGGUUUUUCUGCAUUAGCCCCCUCUCACUGAGUCCAUACUGAAGGGAGUAGUUGUGGGUCUUGCCUGAACCCGACUCCCGCUCGUCACUGUCAUAGAAUACUUUUGGUACCUUAGAACCUAAAGGCGGUUCUAAGACGUUUCUGGAUAUUUAACAAUGUUGUGCCUAUGGAAUACUGAGAGACGACCACAACCCCUUAACCUCACCUAGUUUAUGCCCUCUGAUCCCCCACCUGAUCCCUGAUUAUUUAAGAUUUAAAAAGAGAACAAUGCUAGUGGGACAUUUUUAAAGGAUGAAAUGUAGAUUUUAAGAGAAAUGGGUUUAGCACACAUACUGAGCAGCAUAAGCUAUUUUUGUUGCUGUCGUAUAAACACUUGUUUACAUAAUGUAAAUGGUCGUCGUAUUUACUUGUGAAUCGACAGUCUAAUAUGUUUGCACAAGAAGGCCAUGCCUCCAGUAGGAAAAUAAAGAGCGAAGACGUGUUUUCAAUAUAGCUGCUAAAAUAUUGCUGCCUUUUCCAUGGGUUCUAUUCACGGUUUCAGUCAAUGCGGGUCUACAUUUGGCGUGUACAUUUUUUUGGGAAGCAAUAUUCAAACAGACUUCAAAUUCUUUAGCAUUUUUUUCUUUUCAUGCAGUUUGCUGUGUGGAAAGGUUCAUGUUUUUACCUCAACAUUGGGGAUGACUUCAAGUUUUCAAGAAAAUAAUUUGCACUACCUCCAAAGUUAAAGUAUUAUUUUUCAAAUGGAAUAGGUAGAAUGUGUUUUUAUUGUUUCUCUAUUCUUUCCAAACAGCGAUACUUGAAAAAAAAAAGUCUGUAAUCACAAUCAAACGGCAUGUGCUGUAAUCCUCACUUGUCACGUCAACACUUGUCACGUUGAUAGGCAUAGCAUUGGGAGUUGUCAAAAGUACAGCCAAAAACACAAAUGCAUUCCUUUUACAUUUUAAUUAGGCACGUCUUGUACUUACCUCAAAGCUUUUAACAACGCAACUCAUUGACCUCUGUUUGGGCCACACUAUAGAUCCAUUCAUUUCUGUUGAACGCUUCUCUGCCGCCUUUUGCACAGUAGUUGAAUCAGUUUAGUUUUAAGGGUGUCAGUUGAUUACGCUAUUUAUGAAGAUUGUUAGUUAUGUUCAUCUGAACAGAAUUCAAAAUGAUGUUCACUCCGUUGUAAUUGUUUUCUUGAGAUUGUAGAGAUUCCCCCCCAAAAAAAUCUAUUACAAAAUCAAUCUUUAUUAGCAUUUGGCCCUAGUCAAACAUUCAUAAACUAGUUUGAAUAUUUUAACAGGAAAAAGUAUUUUUAAAUCCAUGGUGUACUGUAACAUUAUGCAUUAGCCUGCUUUGUAUCUGUAUUUUCGAUAUUACAUAAAUGUAGUUAGAUGGCAAAAUUGCACAAGUAGUGUUACUGUACCGAUGCAUAUCUUUUCUCUUAACAGUACACCAUAUUGACAAAGUAUGGCUGACACAAAAACACAAAUAUUUAUAUUAUGUUGGUACGGUUAUGUAUGGACAGCUACUUUUUUUUUCCUUUUUAUUUUUUGAGAUGACAAUCAGCAUCACAAGGGCUUUUUAUUUAUAAGUAAAUGCUUUUUUCGGAAGUUGUUUUUAAGAAGUGUCUUUCAGGAUUUUAUUUAUUUGAAUGUCAAAGAAUCCUAAAAGUAAUUGAGGAUUUCUUUACACCCGUUUUGAAGUAUGUGUGCUCCCAUUUCUCUUUCGCGGCAACAAGAACACCAUGUUGACAUAUCUGGUACAAAUACCUCCAUUGUGUUAUACACUGACAACCUUAACCCCCUUUCUCCGUUACGUUGUUGUUUCUCUCUGGAUAUGCCUCAUUCCUAUUAUCGAUUUGUGUAACCUAGAAUUGUUCUCUUUUGAAUGGAAUAUCGAAAUCAUUUUGCACAUCUCCUUAGAUGUACAUACUAUUCAUUAUAUUAAGAAGGGAAAAAAAAACAUUUGAUGCGUCAAUUUGUGAAUCAUAUUGCAGCCUGAGAUUCGUUGUCAGCUCCUGGUGCAUUCUGUCAUAGGGCUGGGAAGGAACUGGGUUUUAAAAAAGGAAAAAAAAGAGAAUCUUAAAAAUGUAAACGCUUAUCUUGCACCUAUUCAGAUGCCAGUAAUGGUGUUCCACAAGGUUUUUAAUGUCAAAGCCUUUUAAGAAAGAAUAAGACGACAAAGUCAAUAUCCUUUACAUGAUGUAGGAAUAGCAAAAUCCAAAACCAGUGUCGUUGUUCCUCAUAUUUAUACUAAUAUGCAGAAAAAAAUGAUUGUAUUAAGCUACCUGAAAUUUUUGUGGCAUUUUACAUAAGCCUUUUUAUAUGAUGUCAGAGAAGGUUUAGGCCCAGUUCGAUGAGGUGAGAUCACAUUGAAUAGUAAGCCAUUUAAUAAUGUUCUAGGGUGAAUUGCUAUGUUAAUUAUAAUCGUUGGGUUGGUUUAAAUGAGAGAAUAGGAACUUACUAGAUCCCAUCAUUUUUUUGUUGUCCUCUAUUGUGUAACGGUGUGACAUUUCAUUGACCGUGGAUUUGGUGUAGCCUACGGUUUUGUUGUCUUUAGGCUGGUUAGAUAUGACAUUGAAAACCCAAAUCUCCUUUUUGGAAUAAGUUUUAAUGUGAAACUGAAUCCUUACUGAUCAAUUGGAUGUGUAAAGACACACAAGUAAAGAGUUAAAGGACUAAAUUAAUGAUCUGCCCCCAAACCCCUUUCCUUCCCCUUUUAAAAAAAAGUUUUUAUUUCCUCCCUCCCCAUUUAACUAUUCUGUUUACACUGUGGACAUAGAUGAACCUAGUAUUGUGAUCUUUGGGGCCAUAGAAUGUCGGAAAGCAUUUUAGAUUUUCAGUGAUGCAACAAAAACAACAAUUUUCACUCAGUCCUGACCCAAAGCACUUAUUUCAAGAAUAAGCACUUUUGUAUAUUUAAUAUCUCUAUAUGUGUAUUUAUGUAUACUGGUACAUACAGUAUGUUACCGAUGUAGAUAUUAACUUCUAUUUAGGGAAAACAAUACCUUCAGUGGAGAGAUGAGACAAGAUGAACUGGUGACUGAUCUUCACAAUCAUGUGUGAUGUGCUUGUGGGAGAGAGACACUGUUUUAAUUGGAGGGGCAUGUUUCUCUUUGGGGUUAGCAUAAGAGAGCAGUGAAAAGUCUAUGGUCGCACCUUGGGGUGUGCAGCAAAAAAAAAAUGAUACUUGCGCUGCCUUUCAUUGAGUUGCCAAAAAGCAGGGGAUGAAACUGAAAAACACUUGACUAUUUACUGAAAUUUGAGAUAUUACGUACAUUUGCAGACAUCUUAACUAAGCCAUAUUAGUCAAUUGCUGACAAAAAAAAAGUGAAUGUAUGGUCUAAAUUAUGGCAGAGGUUUUGGUUUUCGAGUAACUGACUUUUGCUGCACUGUUUAAGUUAAAAAGUGAAUGAAAAAUGAACUAAAGCAAAAAUUAUCUUUACCUCUGCCUCCUCAUGCAUAGAUGUGGUAGGAUUGUGUUUCAUCUUUUGAUAUGAAGGGAGGGCUAACUAAUUUGUGCCAUUGAAGGGUAUUAUUGCAUUCUGCGGAUGGGUUAACCUAAAAACGUGGUACAUCCAGCAUAUAUGCCUUACAUUUAGCGGUACAAGCCUCACUCCAAUAUAAUCGUUUUGACUCUUAGAAAUCAUUUGGUGAAUGAUACUUUAAGUUCCUCUCUAGUUUUUGUUUGUCAACAAUGGGCACUAGCGCUAAUAGCCGAGCUAUCCCUCCUGUUAACCAUGGACUCACCAUGGACUGCUAUCCCUCCUGUUAACCAUGGACUCACCAUGGACUGCUAUCCCUCCUGUUAACCAUGGACUCACCAUGGACUGCUAUCCCUCCUGUUAACCAUGGACUCACCAUGGACUGCUAUCCCUCCUGUUAACCAUGGACUCACCAUGGACUGCUAUCCCUCCUGUUAACCAUGGACUCACCAUGGACUGCUAUCCCUCCUGUUAACCAUGGACUCACCAUGGACUGCUAUCCCUCCUGUUAACCAUGGACUCACCAUGGACUGCUAUCCCUCCUGUUAACCAUGGACUCACCAUGGACUGCUAUCCCUCCUGUUAACCAUGGACUCACCAUGGACUGCUAUCAAGUUUGCCUUACAAAACCUCUCUGAAAUGAUGUAUAGUUGUUUUUUUGUACUCUAUAUUUUGUUUGUAGCGCAUAGCCGAUUUUUACAUUUUGGGAAUGUGUCCGUUUUUGUCCAUCGAAACAGUCUACCUUAAUAACACCCCAUUCUGUUACCUAGACUCACAAGUGCCCUAGAAAUCCCUGUUUGUCUACGAAAAAAGGAAUUGUCUUUGAUUCUCAGUGGAGAUGGUAUUUGUGUGAUGCUCAGCACAAAGAGGAACAAGUUUUUUUUAAAUUUUUUUAAGAGGAUUAGAUCCUUUAUAAUUUAUCCUUUUUUAUGAAGGUAGAAUUGUAAUUCUGGAUAGCAUCUAAUGCAUUUACUAAUGUAUCAAUUAGACACCAUUUUUGGUUGAUGUCUCACAUGCAACAUCUGAAAUGUUAUUAUCAGUAUGGUAUGGAAAUGCAUCUGUGUAGAAUUUUUUUGUUGUUGUAAAGGACUAAGGACGAUAAUACCUUACAAUGGCUCAAAUGGCAAAGAUGGACAACUUUCUCAAAAUGCUUCAGUUUGUAGGAAUGAGAGACAUGGGCGCUUUGGCCAGUGGAUGGAGUGAAAUGGAUAGCAUUAGAUAAUUGUGAAUGUGCAUGGUGGAAGACUGAUCAAGUUGUAUUUUGAAAAAGCAGUAUGGGUAGUAGGGUAGAAGAUGGUAAAAUUGCACAGAAGUAGUUGAGUCAGCGUACUGUUAACUGAGUUACAGGAGAAGUUGGAAAGAACUAUUGAAAACUUUGGAAGGAAACAGAUUCAGCACAUCUUCAUUUCAUUCCUUUUUGUUUGUUAUGUAUAGAUUAAGAGUACUUAUGGAUGUUGGGCAACUGACAAAAUGUUGCCAUCAGAUAUGUGAGUGGGAAGAGAGACUAAGUAGGGUCGCGUUGAAAUUGGAGAAUAGGAAGAACAUACACUAUUGAUAUAGUGGCCAAAUGUAGCUGCCUUUAUCUUGAUGAGACACUAUGGUCCUUCUAGUGAGAAAGCAUUCAUAUGGUAUCGAACACUUAUGUCAUGCUCAUUCAAUAACCUCUAAAUUAGGUGUGGAAGGGAUAGAAGUUUGAAACAAAGAGCAUGUUGGUUUCUUUUAGUUAUGCCAGUGAUCACCAUGGUGAUGCUGUCUGUAACACAGUCCUCUGGGAUAUCUCCCACUUACCUCUAGGACAUCGAUGUCCUUCAUUACUUGAAAACGCAUUGGAUUAAGGCAAUAGCUAGGCAGUUACCUUUUUUAAAAGUUUUUUAUUCCCAUUUUGAAAGGAUUCUUUCAAAUCAAGAGAACACCGUGAACAUUUCCUCUUCUCCAAGCAUAAUAUAAACUGCAGAAUUAGAGCUUUCUUUGUUAUUAGAAUUUGUUGAAAAUAAAUGGCUACAAUUUUCUCAAAAAAAGUAAGCAUGUAAAAAAGCGGUACAUCAUAUUAAAUGGAUUAAACAAGAUUCAUUCAUCUCAUGACGUUUAUAGUCAUAAAUUACAUUUGAUCACCAAAACAAACACCUCUUGAAAUUGACAGAAUUAUGUCAUCUUCAAUGUCCAGAUUCAUGCGUGAAGCACACUAUUAAGUUCUUCCAUGAUUCCAACUGCUGCAUGUCCGUCCUAUCUCUAUGUAGACAAAAUGUUUCUUAGAGAAGAUAGCAUGUCUGACCAUGUUAAGAUUCUUGAUUUUUAUAGCUUCUAGGCUAUGUUUAUGGCUUCAUUAUUCAUUUGUUUAUGUUGUACAACUACUACUACGUUGACAAGAUUUACAUGCUUAUUCAAAUUCUUGAACCAAACUGUCGGUCCCACUUUUCUGCUAUUCGACCCUCAGGUUGUGUGGCCCAUGUUGUCUGGUCCUGACUUGUUUGAUUACGUUUGUCACUCUUGUGCCUCUGAAGUUAGUUAAGGCUUAGUAACUUGUUCAAAACAAAGCAAACUGAUAUGGGUUGACUUUAUUCUCUAACAGUAUUUGGCUUCUUUGAAAUACUUCAGAGACAAUGUAGACCCACCAAUUGCUUUCUUUUGUCUGUCUUCUCUUCCUCUUCAAGGACAGUUACUGAGUUGACCCUCCAAAAAGACUAUAGAGGGAUGCACUGGUGUUGUCUCCUUAGUGGAUAGUAAUGUCCACACUAUUUUUGUCUGCCUUCAUGUAUUACUUGAUUAGCCGUUAUCAGACAUUGAACAGCUUACCUCAAGAUGUUAUGUCUCGCAAUGAUUUUUACCCAAACCAGUGCAUUUUAUUGAUAUAUUGGACCUCAUUGGAGAGUAAAUGUGAUACAUAUUAUGCAACUAUUUUUGUCACUUUUUUUUCUUCUUCUUUGAUUUGAUGGUUUUAUGACUCGACUGCUUCUUGACAGCCACCCAUUGGAUGGGGCAAUGCAAGUAGGAAUCCUGGGUGGCGCACUGGUCUAAGGCACUACAGACCCGGGUUCGAUCCUGGGUCUGUAUCACAAACUGCCAUGAUUGGGAGUCCCACAAGGCGGCGCACAAUUGGCCCAGUUUUGUCCGGGUUAGGGGAGGGUUUGGCCGGGGUAGCCCGUCAUUGUAAAAUAAGAAUUUGUUCUUAACUGACUUGCCUGGGUAAAUAAAGGUUAAAUUAGGAUAUUGAAUCAUGGUAUUUCCAUUAAAGAAAUGCCUCGAUAGGCAACCAAAGGAGAGAAAUGUCUUGGACCGGAAGUUGUUUUAGAUCCACAUCAUAAAGUAACUUAUUUAUGAGACUUCUGUGUAUUUCUUCAUAUACUGUAUGUCACAUGGCUGGUCAAAAUUGUUAUAGUUAAAGAAUGUUACCUUGUAAACUGCGAAACUCAGCUCCUCUAUUACCACCAAAUACAAUCCUGACUGACACUUUGUCGUGAUACAGACGGGCAUACUAAACUGUGUCCUUACAAAACCAUUGAGCGAAAACCAAGUCCUUGAAAAAAAAGUUUUUAUUUUACACAUCAGCAAAAUGGUCUUCCGUUCAUGCCAAUUGAAAGCCUUAUUGUUGAUAAAAGUGGAGGUCACACCUCCCAGGAACACAACUGCUCACAAUUACAGACCCGGUGAAGCCAGUGAGCCAUUGUUGUUAAUUCAAAACACAACAUGAUUCUAGUGCUUCCCAGUCUUAUCAUCCAUGUCGUCCACUGUGGCUUCAACUCCUCGAGCAAUUGUUAAUUGGUUGGAGAAAUAUACAAAGAAACACUCAUGCUGAUGUCAUGAAUCCAAACACCCUCUGGAUGUACAACUUGACUGUAGUUUAUUUUGCUCUCGUUUGAUUCUUGCCUUUGUCUUGCUUGCUUGCCUGCCAUAUUUGUCAAGGGACCUGAAAAAACACAUUGAAAUAGUGUUGAAUCCCAGUAGUGAUAAUACUGGAGUUUUAGUGUGAAUUCAUAAUAAAAGCAAUAUUGGCAAGUGCACUUUGUUGGGUGUUCUAAGCACAACAUCACUAAACUGCACUUCAGACAGAGUAGUGUGUAGAGAUUGUUGUUGAUUUACUUAACUAAAUGGUAUUGAAAUUAACAUGGUAAAUUAUUAUAAAGCAAGACUUAUAGUUGUGACAUUUGUAGUACCAUUUUAGCGGUAUGUUGAUUUGAUCGGGAUGUAGUUUUAGUUGUCGUCUGUAUAACCCCCCCUUCUACAAAAUGAACAGAUUUAAGAUAAUCACGAAUUAAAAGUUGUGGCUUAGGCAUUUUAUAGGCUAGUUUGUAUGCAACCCCUUUAGUUGUGUGUGUGUGUGUGUAUAUAGCUUGUUCUCUGUACUGCAACAUGUCCUAAGAAUAGGUGGUGGAAGAAGAUUGUAUUUUGUGGACAAGGAUUGCUAUGCCAUAAAACUUAACAAUGUUUUGAUUACUUUUAUAGUACAGUGAGUAGGCAUAGAGUUCUGUGUUUUUAAGUGUGUUCGUGUGUGAUGAUUUGGGCAGUUAGCUGUCAUGUCUUCAUUAGUGAGUAUGAGGUCAAGAGUGUGCGACGGUAAUAUGAACCGCUAUCAGAAAAAGGGCAAAGAAAAAGUGUGUAUUCAUUCCUGUCUAUUGUAUUUCUUUACCCACUUCCUGGUUCAUAAAUGCCGUAAAGAAUAUUGUUUCUUUUUUUUCUUAUUAACGUGAAAUACAUUUCCUUUGAAACACAAGUGAUGUACGUAAGAUUCUGGUGCAAUGGCCUGUAACAGUUUUUGGUUGACUCCUUUUAAAUUUGAUUGUUCAUUUGAGCAUAUUUGAAAAUAAAUGAUAACGUAAGGUUAGGCUUACUGCUUUCUAGUACAGUAUCCUAUGUGCUAUGUGGGGUAGCCUAAUAUGCAUUAACAGACCUUUUGAAUGACAUUUAAAGCACUGGUGUAAUUGAACGCUUGACGUUGGUGGUUGGUAGUCCUUUUAUUUUGGUUCUGGAUAUAUUAGCGUCUUAUUCAGGAGGGCGUCUCGGUUUGAUUCAAAAUCAUUGGACAUUGCUUUGUAUUACGCUAGGAUUUGUUUACUCCAAUAGACCAGCCAAGCAAAAUGUAACACAAGCCCGGUCUACGGGCUACAACCUUGAAUUAUUAUGUGCUUUGACUGUCCAUAUUGCCUCUGCUAGAAUUUCAUUGGCUUCUUGUUUCGCUGCAAUUUUUUUUCACCGUCUUGGAAGUUUCGGGUUAAAGUUAGUAAUUGGUCAAAAAGUUGAAUGUUAGGCAGAUAUUUUAACCACUAAUAGUCCCUAUCUGGUUGUAGUCCGUAGAAGGGAUAAAAUAUGCCAAGCCGAUGACUUCCCAUGUGACUUCAGCAUGAACUGUAGGUGAUCAUGAAAGUGUUAUUGUGCUUCAUUUAGGCCAAACUAUAAAUUAGGAGGUUGAAAGUGUGGAAGUGCAUGAAAUGCUUUCUCUUUGGCACCUUAGGCUCUGUUUUGAAGUACUGCUGCCUGGUGAAGAGCUUGAGCAUGCCUGCAUUCAGUAUUUUCUAGAGCGUUCAGUAAACAUUUCUUAUAAGUUUUAUUAGCGUGUGAUUUUUGAAUCCAUAUUACCUCAAAAAUAUAUCAGUUACAAUUAAUACAUUUAAAUUAAAACAAAUGGUCUCACCUCAAAUGUCCAUGCUAUUUUGAAAGUUACUUUUACUACUAAUGUAAUUGAUAUGAUCAUGUUUUAUUUUGCCUACCUCCUUGAUGCACAGCUACUCUUUGUCUCCUUAGCUCAUAACCACCUACAGUGAGCUACAAAAGUAGUGUGACAGUGACACAUUUUGGGGGGACUAUGUACAAAAAGUGCUGUAAUUUCGAAACGGUUCACCCGAUAUGGAUGAAAACACCCUAAAGGUAAAGCUGACAGUCUGCACUUUAACCUCAUAGUCAUUGUAUCAAAUCCAAAGUGCUGGAGUACAGAGCCAAAACAAUUUUCACUGUCCCAAUACUUUUGUAGCUCACUGUAUACUAGUGUCUGAAAAAUAUGAACGCAUAUUAAUCACUUUUGAUCUAAAAGACAAAAAAAAGUGAGCUUGAUUUUGUGUGUGUGUGUGUGUACUUGCGCUUGUAACAUGGAAAGAAAAAUGAUAUCCCAACAACCACUGGAAUGUGAAGCCAAACUGUAUUAUGAUUGAAUUAAAUCUCUUUUAAGGUCUAACUGUUGUAGCAUACAUGUGAACCUCGUCUCUGGUACAUGUUUGCUAUCCUUCAGAUACUUGUUGCAACAAGGUACUUUAUGAUUGCUUUUUAAACCCCCUCCUGAAAGUAUCCUUUAUCCACCAGUAAUCAUCCUGUUUUUCAUAGUAUGGUGGGUCUUUACUGUAAGUGUGUAAGUUGGGCCAUACGUCUAAAAGUCUAGUUUACAGCUGCAACUGUGUGUACAACUACCAGAGAUUGGGAGAAUGUGUGCGCAUCUAACUUAAUUACAAAAGCAACAAAUAACUAAAGCUGUUAUUGAAGUCAAAUUAUGGAUAUAUGUCGCAUGUGGUGUUUGUGAAGGGAAAUCUUAUUGCAUCCAGCCUUAAGCCUUCAAAAGGAAAAACAAAUCUAGACCUUAAUUUGUGAUCAUGCUACCACAACUCCGAUCACCUCUCCCAACCAAACGACCUUCGACUUUUUGACUGAAGCAUAGCAAUGUGAGAUACAGUAAUAGGGGUUAGAGAUCUAUUCCCUAAAAGAGACACACACAAAUACCCUUCCAGCCCUGAACAAAUCUCCAACUUGUUCAUUAUUUUGUGACAAUGCAAUCCUUGAAAGCACUUUGCCUUGUUAUAUAAUUGUGUGCUACUGAAUGGUUAUUUCUUACAAAAUGUUACAAAAAUGAAUAAAAGACAUGAUUUAAUGAUUUUAGUGAAACAGCGUAAUCUGCAUUGACCUUUCUGACAAUACAGGAGAAACUUAACAAACCAAGGCAUUGAAACCUGAUCGAUUUUAUACAAUGUAUGCUACAGCAUUUGAGUCUUGUCAUUCAGUGUUGUGGCUUAGGAUUGGUUAUGUUUAAAUAAAUUGCUAUUGCUUAAUAUCUA